UAUGUUUUGAAGGUCACUAAGCCAUUUAGAAAGCAGAAACUCACCAUACCUCCCGUUGAUGACUAGAAAAACAAACCUCACAGCAUAACCAUCCUAAUAGGCUUUUCCUGAUCCUAACUAAAUACCUUGCUAAUCUCUUUUCUCUUCCUCUGUAGCCAACUUCAGGACUGGUUGAUCAUGACUUCUAUUAAAGAGCAGGCCGCAAUUAGUCGGCUCCUGAGCUUUUUACAGGAUUGGGACAAAGCUGACAAAGUUGCAAGGAGCCACAUCCUCAACAAGUUCAUUGAAACCAAUCAAGGCAAGACUGGCCCUGAACUGGAGCAGGAAUUUUCCCAGGGAGCCAGCUUGUUCCUGGUACGCCUGACCACCUGGCUCAGGCUCAACUACAUAACUGGCUUAUGUCUAGAUAAGCUUCUGCAGUCCAUUGGCAUCUUUCUAGCAGCUGUGAGCAGUUAUCGAUAUCUUAAAGAAUUUAUUGAGGUUGGAGGUGUCCUAACACUCUUGGAAAUACUUGGAGUGGAAUGUAUCAAGGAGGAGAGCAAGAAGGAAGCCAUCAAGCUCCUACAGAUCAUUGCAGACUCUGGCCGGAAGUACAAAGAGCUGAUCUGUGAAAGCUAUGGUGUUCGGUCUAUAGCAGAAUUUCUGGCAACGUCUAAGUCUGAAGCAACCCAGGAAGCAGUACAGGUUCUGUUGAAUUCUUUGAUUCAUGGUAACCCCAAGUACAAGAAUCAAGUCUACAAAGGCUUGAUAGCUCUGCUGCCCUGCGAGUCCCCAAAAGCUCAGCAGCUGUCCCUGCAGACUCUCAAGACUGCCCAGGCAAUCAUCGGAACCACGCACCCCAGAAUCGUGGAAUGCGUGCUGAUGGUGCUGCGUACCAUGCACCUGAAUGUCCAGUAUGAAGCCAUAGAGCUGAUCAAGGACCUGGCCAGUUAUGACGUGUCCUCCACACUGCUCCGAGGUCUUGUGGAGUUGCUGAUACCAAAUGUUCAAGAGACCCACAAACAGCAGUCCAAAAUCCUAAGCGAUCCCUCGAUUCUCCAGUCCACCUCCCAUCUUCCCAUAUUCUUGCAACAGGCAGCAGCCGCCAAGGCCAUCAGGGUCCUGGCGCAAUACAACAUAAGCCUGGCUGAGGAGCUGGUGCAGCUGGACGUAGUGCACAGCCUCAUGGUGGCCAUGGCCAACAGGGACCACAGCAACAGCCAGCGGCAAGCCAGCCUUGCCCUGGAGUACUUUGUGCAGGUGUUCCCGACGGUGGAGGAGCAAGUCCACCAGGCCAUGGGGGAGGAACUCUACCUGCUCUUUCGCAGCAACCCCGAGGAUUUGUACUCGAAAAUAGACAGCAUUCAGACGGACAUUCUGCUGGCCAACAAAGUCACCAAAGACCUGCACGUCUACAGCCUCCAGGACAGCCCUCAGGAGCAAGACCUUCCGGACUACUUACUGCACCUCGAUAUGGAGGACAAGCCCGAGGACGACGAUGAAGCCCAAUCACAGAGGCCAGGGAGCCCAGCUGCGUCGCAGGGAAGCGGGCAAGAGCACUGAGCUGAUCCCAGAGCACUCGCUGGGGCACCUCAC